CCCAUCCUCUCCUUCUUCCUCGAGCUCGGACUGAGCUAGGCGAAUAGAGCCGGCGCCGGCGCCGCGCCAGCUUCUCCCCGCCUCGAUUCAGCACACCCCAACCCUCCUUGCCUCGCCCCGGAGCUCCUCCGCCCCUUCCCGAGCCCGGCCACGCCCUACCCCAGCCGGAAUCGACACCCCACGCCACCAGCCUCCAUUAAAGUUUCGUCGAAACUCAGGCCGCCGUCGAACUCCACCUCCCGGCCACCGUUUCCACCAACCCACGGCUGAAAUCGACUCCCCUCGACUCCCUAAAGCUCAUGCUCUCCUCGUUCUUGUGCGUUCCCGUUGUUUCCGCGCUCGUUCUCCAGCCAUGCCAUCGCCGGCAUGCUGCUGCUCGCCGCGAGCCACGCGCAUGCGCCCCUGCGCCGCACCGCCGAGCACCCCCAGUCCACCCGGCUCUGUUGAACCCUCCCAUGGCCGCCCCAUCACCAACCUACCUCGCCGCAGGCGAGGGCGCCGCCGCCAUCGCCGCUCGUGCUGCUGCACCGCCGACGCCCUUCCUCCAACCAUCCCCGGCUCCAACUCUUGCUUCGAUCCGGCCCUAGGUACGCUAGAUGUGCGACACGUGGAACCGAAUGGCAAUGUUGAAGCCGAGCCAGAAGAUGGUGCACGGAUGGACCAAUCCAGAAGAUGGAAGGACCGACUGGAGUCAUGCUUGGGCCAGAGAUGCUAUCAAGCUGGAGCAACUGAAGACCCGACCCAAGGUCGGAAGGGCUCAAGGCCUUGUUUCUACUAACACUGACUUAGUGUUACCCCAGGCAAGCCCCGGAGCAUAUCCCUUAUUUUCAAUUACUCCAUGUUUUAUUUAAAGUAUUGUGCAUUUACGUUGGAGGAAUUGAUUGGAACUAUAGAUGCAUAAUCUUAGAUACCCAGUGUCUUACUAGUGUGUUUUAUCGCUAGCACUGCUACGCUUAAGUAAAACCCGGUAGAAGACGGGUGAUUUCCUGUCACCCGCGAGAUAUAGGUUUGAUAUUUCAGUAAGAAAGUAAGAAAUAAUACUAUGAGAAUGGAAAUGGAGACCGGACAGAGGGAAAGUUGGACAUGACCAUGGAAUAAAGGAAAGUUGAGUCUCCGCCUGUGUCGAUUGAGGACCGUACCGUUGCUGGCCGUGCUGACCAAGAUUGAACAGUACUAACCACAUGCCGGAAGCAGGAGGUAGUCGAAACCGGUAAGCUAAUUACCUAAAUUGCGUCGAAGUCUGAUUCUCGACCUGUGGUGCUGGGUAGGGAUGACGGAUGGGAUAGUGGCCCACGGGUUCACGGAGUGUUCGCCGUGUGGGGCUCCUACUCCGGGUGUUUGCGGGCUUGAUUCAGACUUCGAGGUAAUCAUGGGAACAGUUGCGUGGUGUGACUCGACGGGGUCGCACGGGGCGUGUGAGUUAGGUCCACCUUGUAAGGUUAAAUCGGAUCGAUUCGCCGUGACUCGCGGUUAUGAGAACCUUGGUCACUUCGUCGCAUCGUAGUAAAGAAAUGGAAUGAGACUGGAAUGGAAAGGUUGAGUUGUAUGUUACUAGAUUAAUAUGAUGAACCAUGUAUGCUCUAGAGAACUAGGCAAAUCUAGUUUAUAGCGAUUAACUCAAUUGGCGUUAAAAUAUUGAAAGUAAAGAUCCAAUAUUAGUAGUUUUUCAGCAAAAUAACUCCAGAGCCAAACAACUUUACAUGUCUAGAUAAUGGGCUAAGUAUACCCAUAGACGGAUAAGUCUUGCUGAGUAUUAGAGUACUCAGGGUUUGUUGUUACCCUGCUUCCAGGUAGCUGCCGUUGGUGGAAGCUGAUUAGGAUUCACACCGGUGGGCUCGAUGUGAUAUCCUCACGUCUUUGUAGUAUCGUGAUUUUUAAAUCAAACUUCUAAUUAAAUUCCGCUAUAUUUUGAACUCUAAUAUUGUUACAUAAACUCAUUUUGUUAAGCUCUAUUUUGUAAUUUAAAUUUGAGAAAUUUAUGUCUGCUUGUAAUCAUCUGCGCUUGCUUUCGGGUGAGACUUCCAGUGUUUUUUAUCCUUAACCCAACAGGCUGCCAGAUUACAUCGUUUUAAGUGCGCGGUUACUUAAUUAAUGCUUAAGAUGAUAGCUAGCGCACUUAAACCGUUUUAAUUUAGACGGUUCUGCUACAGUAACAACCUAUAAUCAUUCGCUUACAUGAGAUUCGUGAAAUGUGAAUUCCUGCUAGCGCAGCGUUCCCGUUUCCUAACAGCUACUCCAUCCAUGGAAAUGGGCGACAAUUUGCUCGACGUGUCGACCUCUCCUGCUUCGCUGUUCCAUGGCCACUGGCCAUGGAUUUUGAUGGCUUGAUCGCGGGCUGAUGGCUGGACGAGAUCACUGAACUAAUUUCAUUACCAUGAUUAUGAAGCCAUUGGUGUCGCCGAUAGUGAUGAAUCCGGGUGGUGUGGCACUGACAGUAAAGUUGAGGGAGGACGAGACAUUUUUUGUGCUGAAUGGGCCGCACCACAGCUUGUUUCACGGUUUCCAUGCAUUUCAGGCCUAGAGCUAUACGUGGGCCUUUCGCGUAUUGGGAUUAGUUUAAACAUGUCAAUUUUGAAGCCCGCCUUUUCGUUUUGACAAAGAUGACGCGAUGGCGCGUUAUUAAAUCAGCCCAACAGAUUUUUAUAGGCGAAUCCAAAUGGACUCCAAAGGAUUACGGCCUAGUAAACCAUGCGCACGACCCAUUUUCCGCGUCACAUAAAUAGGUGCAUCAAGAAAAGGGAAAUGUCUAUUUUACCCCUCUAAACUCGUGAGCCGAUCCGAAAAACAAUCUGAAACCCAAAAACCAGAAAUAUUGCAUACUUGAACUAUCAAAACCAGACAAACUACAUACUUUUAAUGUUUCAAAGCGGUUUUCAAAGGUGGUAUUGCUGAUGUGGCAAUAGGACCCACAUGUCUGUAAUUUCUUCCCUCUCCAUCUACCUCUCUUGCUCCUGGGCAUAAUUAUUAACCGCGAUCGGUGACUUCUCCCAUGGUAGAGUAGCGGUGGUCGCUGGAGGCCCCUCCCCCACGGUUGAGCAUGGCAGCUGGUGAUUCCUCCCUACGGUUGAGCAGCGACGCCGAGUGGUGGCCCUUCUCGCGUGGUCGAGCGGCGGUGGCGGCUCUCAGGGACCCUCCUCCACAGGCCAGCGCGACGGAUGCGCUCGAGGUCUCCUCCUCACAGGUCGGUGGCAGCGGUGAUCGGAUCUUCUCCCCCUCAGGCUAGCAGGGGCGGCGCCUUAGGUCUCCCCCCCUAUCAGGCCGGCGGCAGCCAUUAUGGCGAGGUUAUGACCUCCCACACAGGCAUAGCGGGCUAGGGGCUCUUGCACACCACAAUGGUCCACGAAAGAGAGAGGGAGAGGAGGAGGGGAUAAAUUUGUGAUAAGUGACGUCUGACAUGUGAGUCCUAUUACCACAUCGGCCAAACCACCUGCAAAAUAGCUGACCUGGUCAAGGAGAGUAGUUUGUUUGAUUUUGAUAGUUAAAGUAUGCAAGAUUUCUGGUUUUUGAGUUUGGGGUUGUUUUUCAAAUUCGAUGACAAGUUCAAGGGUAAAACAGUUUUUUCUCUCAAGAAAAUAAUAAAUGGAUAGAGCAUGCAAUUAUCUCUUUUUUUGCGGAAGAACAUGCAAUUAUCUCUAUGAAUGCAAAAUUUGAAUUUGAACAAAACCUUAUACAAAAUUGAGUUUGAACAAAAACUAUGCAGCAGGGAACAAAGAGAAAUCAGCAACAGCUAUUCAUGUCCCAUCCGCAAACUCAUUGAAUUCUUUCUCUCGCCUAACACAAGCUUUUGUUCAGCUCAAAUUUACAUCUAGAUAGAUGAUUGCAUGACCUUUGCAGGGAAGAUCUUUGCAUAUAUAUUUUACUUGAAAUCUUUCGUAAACCAGUUUAUGUGCUAUUGUGAUUAGUAUCACGCUAAUACUGAGGUGUUCUCACUCCUACACAGAUACACAUGCGAUCUGCACAUUGUUCCAUGGUUGUCACCAUAGCCUACUUAAGCUUAAAAUGCAUGUUUCAUCUUGCCAAUGCACAACCUUAGGCCUCCUCCAACAAGUGGAGACAUCGCCGGCCGAAACAUUAUUUUAAUUGAUAAAUAGUAUAAAACCCUUCUCGCUAGGUUUAUUUGCUGUUUAUCAACUAAAAUAAUGUUUUGGCCGGCAAUAUCGUCCCUUAUUGGAGGUCUUAGUGCACAUGACCCAGGCCUUACAACUCUGUUUCACCUUUGCACAUACAAGGCUACACCGCCAUUAAAGAAGAUAAAGCUACAAACUUCACGAAGGCAUCUUCUUGCCUGAAAAAGGCUUAAAAGGCAAAAGCUGCAGUUUGGAUCUUUCACUUCCUGCUGUCAUUUGGACGACCUUCGCUUUAUUUCUACAGUCAAUUUGGGAAGCGAAAGGCAAAAUUAAGCUCAACAGAUUGCGUUAGAACACAAAAGCAUGCACAAAAUUGAAGGUGAAGUUAACAUGAACCCAUCAAACAGUUUUAAUUAUAUUCUUGCAUUGUCUUGCAUGUGAAUUCUUUGGUAACGGCCAACUCCAACUCCAACUCCAACUGUAUGAUGAACCUCUCCUAUUUUGUUCUGUCAGAGCCGCCUAUUCUUUUAUGAUGAGUGUGUGUACAAAGAGAGCAAAAAAGGAGAAAGGUGUAAUUUGAUCUCAUGUGCAUGUGUGUAAAGCUGAGCUCUUGCUUCUUUUAAAGCCUGGAAAGAUUUGCAGUUUGCAGGCAUUGUUUGGUCUUGUCUGGUCACCCCUCUGCUCUGAACAUUGCUGGUGGUCCACAUGUAUGCUUGCAAUGGCGGUAUCAGAAGCUCAAAAGCAUGGCGUUCCAUUCCUCUGCCACCAUUGUAUGCUGCUAAUUCGUGGUGCAUCAUCAUGAGCUUGUCUCUCAAAGCUGCGUAAUCGGCAUGUCGAUUUGUUCGACAUGUUCUCCAUGGAUCACUGUUGCAAAGUUAGAUCCCAAUACACUCGGCAGGCAUAUUCAGUGUCUCACCUGGAGAUGUACCUGAAAUUUCAAAUGAAAACAUUUCAAACUUUCAGUUAUUUUACUCCUCCAUUAGCUCCACGACGCCCCCACAAAUUGCAGCGCUUAUCAGUUAUCAUGGCGCUUUGCGUAGAUUGCUCUCCUGCUCAUGAUCUUUACGCUUCUUUUCAGAACUGGCUUUUGCGUCUUCAGAAUUUGCCCGGGAGAACAUUAAAGCCCCAGCAGCUGCGGCGGUGCUCCUCCUUUGCUCGCAGAAAUGUUGGCGCCGCGAGCUUUUGCCGCGGGCGCGGGGGACACCGGCGAAUCAUGCGCAUCAUCGCGGCUCUCUCUCCGAUCGCUUCGUGCUGCGUCUUUGCAUGGCCUGCCCGCGCCUUGUGGGACACUGAAUCAUUCGGAUCCUUCCGCCUGUCUGCUGCUGCAUCGAAUCGAUCUCGAGCUCACGCCCUGAAAGAAGCUGCCUGGCAGACAUAUGGCGUGGCGGCCGCCACUGUUCUUGCUGCAACCUACAUGAAUAUGAAAGAAUCAAGCAUUUAUACCUGACCGGUAUUUUUUAAAUCUGGCUUUUAAAUUCCUUUUUAGAUGUUGACGGCCUUGCAAGUAUGGCAAAGCUCACCUGACAGAGUUAGUACUAAUCUCAAACCCAAAUCGGACGUGAUGUUAGUACAAGCGGGAACAUCAAUUUUUACACUCUGAAGAGUCAUGUUGUUUAAAAAAAAGAAUCUGAAAAAGUGCGCCAUGCGUAUGGAGUCAAGGUCGACAUUUGACUUGGAUUCAUGAUGGCCAAUGAAUGGAGAGACAUACCUGAUCUGCAUGCUCUGAAUUGUGACUGACUGACUGAUCAUGGGAAGAACACAACGGGACCAGCAGCAAAAAAAAAAGAUGUUCUUUUGAGAUGAGUUUUAUGCCUCAAAUAAGCUGAUACACUUGCAUGAGCCUACUUUACAUAUUUCUGAUUAAGAUAGCUUUAAGCAAAAUGCUGAGCUGCUGUGCAUUAAAAGAUCUCCAUAGAUCAUACAGGGAAACAAAAUGCUGAGCUGCUGUGGAUUACAUGAUCUCCAUAGAUCAUACAGGGAGGCACAGUUGGAUAUGGAUCUUGGAGUAUUUCUCAGGGCAGUAAACUAAACAUCCAUGUGAUUGUGCCCAAGAUUUUGUUGUUCUUAAACAUGCAUGAUGUAUAGUGGCAUCUGCAGUCACAACUUGCAGCUUACUUUUAGUACCCUAGCUUACAGCUUUAAGCACACUCCACAUGAUUUGCACCCUGAUCAUGAGCUGCUCCUGAGUUGUUGUGCCUCAAGUUGCUAGUGUUGUUUAAACUUGAGGCAGGCAGAGUAUGCUUAGUGUUUGGUCUAGAAAAAAAAGGUUUGCCUGUUGCUAGAGUAAUUAGCCACUUUGAUCUGUCUCUGCCUGGGACUUUUUCCAUGAACACUGGAUUGGUCCUAGAUUGCUAAGCUUUCAAAUGGGUAAUUAUUUGGUAUCACACAUCCUAAUCCUAGCGUCCUACUGAUCACAUAGUUGAGUGCAACAGGGCAAAGAACCAAAAUAAAUAACAAUAAAAAAACAAAAAGGAAACACAAGUGGCUAGUAGUGUGAAGUGGAAAAGGGAGAUUGUUUUCUUAAUAUGAGAAGAGUGAGGAUAUUGGAAGAAUGAGGCCGUGGAUCAACCACCAUGAUGCUGUGUCUGCAAAGAGGGUGGCACAACACAAUCAUCCCAUAACACAUGCCUCCUCCCCUCCAAAAAGUUAUUAGCAAUCAAUCCAUUGGUUACUCCCCUGUUGAAUACAUCAUUCAUCUAACUACCAACAGCUAAGCAACAGAAAACUAAACCUGUCAAAUUACCUGAUACUACUGAUAGCCACACAGGCAAUGUUUUAACAACUCUAAAGCCAGUAUUCAUGGUAGUAUAUAUAUGAACCAGCAGCUUCUUCAUGUGCUAGGAUUAGCAAGCUAUUACACAUGAUUGUGGUGAGUUGAGUGCUUAAUCAUGCAGGACUGCAAAGUUUGACUGACUACGUUUAGCCGUGUAUGUAUAUACACUAUUGGAAAAUACUAACACUUCAGCAGAGGCAAAAACACUAGAUUCAGAAUCAGUUUAACUUCUACACAGCAAAAUUAGUUGGAGAUCGAUCAACAUGAGCAAUUUGAUCGAUGCCAACAGUACUUGUUCGUACUGUUUCUGUACCUGCAAGCAGUGCUGCUGUCUGAAUGAGCUAGUAUAUAUACACAUGCAUCUGACGAGCCAAAAGCAUCAAGCUUUCCUGCUGGGCCUCGGUCGCCUUUGUAUAAAGAUCACCAUCUCCCUUGUCACAACAAGACGCCCAAAGCUCUCACGCAUAAGCCAGAUCGAGGCACACGCUUAGCUGUCAAUUGGAGAGAGGAUGGACGAGUCGUGGAGGUGCACGAUGGACUCGGUGCUGCCGCGGCAGCGGUCGUCGGACCAGCAGCACGCCGCCGCCGGCGGCCACCAGAGCCUGGCGCCGGACGACUUCCGGGACGUGUAUGGCGGGCCGCCGCGCACCGUGCUCCUCCGCAGCUUCGGCGGCGAGGCGGCUGACUACCACUCCCCGGCGGGCCACCAGUACAUGAACUACGGCGGCGGCGCCGAGGCCUUCUGCCGCCGGCCGUACGCCGACGGACGCGCCGCGGCGGCCGUGCCCACGGAGCAGGGCUUCUUUGACGACAUCUUCGGCGCCCGUCGUCACGCGAGGUCGAGGUCCAGGUCCAAGUCCAAGUCGUCGUCGGCGGUCAGCUCCGACGAGCUGCCCUCCGGCUUCUGCCGGCCGGUGGCCACCGGCAGCCGCGCCGACGCCACGCUCUCCUCAUUCACUUCGAGGCUCAGGCCGGUGACGAUCCCUUCGCGGCGGUACGACUCAUCGCCGCCGUCAUCGACGUCGACGAUCGGGAAGUACCAGAGCAGCUUCACGUGCUCGACGGCCGCGUACCCGGCGGCUCGCUACUACUACGGCGGCGACGCCAAGGCCGCCGGCAGAUCGAACCACAGCAGAACCGCCGCCGGCGGCUCGGCGGCCGCGCAGCGCCGACGGCACCAGCGCGGGAGCAGCAACUUCUGCUGCUUCACGUCGAACCCGGAGACCAGCAGCAACGCGCCCAGCUUCCGGCAGACGGGCGGCUCGCGGUCACCGGCGGCCGAGACCACCAUCACCGACUACUCCGGCGCCGACUACGGGUACUACUACUCGCCGCCGUCGGCCACGUCGUCGUCGCUUUUCACCAACCCGCUGGCGAGGACGCCGCGGCGGCUGGAGGAGGUGGUGAGGGAGGUGAGGGAACGGGCGCCGCUGCUGAUGGACGACGGCGACGACAUCGACAGCGUCGGCGCCGCCGCGGUGGACGAGGCGAUCGCUUGGGCCAAAGAGAGGUUCUGGAGCCAAGCCAGGUAAUUGGACGGUCAGGAUCAGAUCCUCAAGAUGCUAACGCUCUCGGCAGCGUUCAAUUCUUUGAUGUCCGUUGAUCUGCAUGGUGUGCCAAUGUAUAAAUCAUGCAACAUUUAGGCGGCUAGAGGCCAUGAACAAUCUAUAUUUUGUAAUGCUUCAUUCCUAUGGAAGAUUGAAUACAUUCAGUUUGCAGA